UCACUACAUUUCGAUACUCGAACCGUAUGUUCUAAUAUUUUUAAUCAUCAUCACAUGUGCGAUGACAAUAAUCUGUUAUCUCGUCUCUGCACACGUGAUCAAGCGAGAGAUAUGUCAUGAAUGACAUGCCUGUUUACGUUGAACGGUAACGGCACGAGACUCUCUGCUUUCUUUCCCGCCACAUACAUGCCAAAUGACUCAAAUGACCAGGCUGGAAAUCAACGUCAAACGGCUCCUAACGCGCUGCGAGCUGAUAGCGAAGGAUGAUCCGCACAAGGAUUGGAAACUCGAGAAGUACAUACUUUCUCUGGAUGACAUGAUGAAGGAGCUGCAAACUUUACCAAAUAAACCGCCCAAGGAUACCAUGAUGGGCUACAUCAAACGGAUAGAUUUCCUGAAAGGAGUAAUAAAUGCGAUGAAGUUGUCGAACCCGGUGGAGAGGGUGAUCGCCGCGCAAUUGCUAUCGAAAAGUUCAGCGUCCACCAACAAUUCCGCCAGUACGAAUAUCACAACGCAGAUACAUCAGAAGACAGUCGCCAAGUACAAUCGGGAAUUACGGGCGGAAUUAUUCUACAGCGGCAAAGACGCGAAUAAGGAUGGCGUGCGACAGAGAUUAACGGGCUCUAAUGUCCAGGACGACGAUCUUGACGCUAUUUUGAAGUACAAUCGUAACAUCCAGGAGAAGAUUGCCGAAAAUAUGCUCUCGAUGACCAGCACUAUGAAGGAACACGCGUUAGCGGCGAGCGCCAUCAUAAAAAAGGAUAUCGGCACGCUGGAAAUGUCCGACAAAUUGACCGAUGUAAACGCUGUGAAAUUGAAGAAGGAAUCCCUAAAGUUGGAAGAGCACACCAAGUCGAAAUGGAGAUGCUGGGUAUGGCUCAUGAUCGCCUUCGUUCUGAUUGUGUUCUUCAGAAAGGUAAAAGUGGUCAGGACGUUAUGCAAGUAUAUUGCGCAACGUGCGGAUGAGUUAUCGUUCGAAGAAGGUGAUUUACUUUACGUUUACGACAGAGAUACCGAUCCAAAUUGGUGGAGGGCUAAGUGCGGAGAUCAGAAAGGACUCAUACCUGCCACUUAUGUCGAGGAACAAACGGAAGAGAUCGAGCUGCCGCUGCACGACGCUGCGAGACGGGGCAAUGUUUCCUUCCUGGCGGAAUACUUGAAGGAGGGCAUAUCGGGAACGGGCUUGGAUGCAGCUGGGAACACGCCGCUGUACUGGGCGGCACGCACUGGCCAUUUGGAAUGUGCGAGAGAGCUUCUGAAUCUGCUAAAUCCCGUAGUAAACGCUCAAAAUAAAAUGGGUGACACGCCAUUGCACGUAGCAGCGAGUCACGGACAUUUGGAGAUGGUGAAUUUAUUGUUGGAGCACGAUGCCGAUGCGACAUUGAAGAAUAAUGACGGUAUCACCGCGGAGGAAUUGGCUUCCGACGCGUCUAUCAAAAACACGAUACAACUGCAUCAACGCGGAUAUGAUGAAAGUGCACAUGGAUACGGCGAAGAAGAUUAUAACGAUGAAGAUAGCGAUUGAGAAUUUCACAAUCUGCAAUAAGAAUAAAAUAAGAAUUCCAUGUAUUUUAAAGAAAACAAACGAUUCACGUAUUACGUAAAGUACUAUAAUUUUACAUAUUAAUAAUUAAAAAUAAAUGUUAAUCCUUUGCGGUCCAUAGUUAUUUCUCGCAAAUCAAGAGCAAAAAUCAGGUAUUUCAAUUUCAUUUAAUCAGCGGGGCUAACAUGAAUAAAAAAAAAAAGGAUUUUUAUUACUUGGAGGAAUUUAUGGAAAUUCCAAAAAUGUAAUUUACGCGAUUAUAAUAGUGUACAGAUUCGAAUUAUGCGAAAGAUUAUUACAACGCAUUAUGUCGAUGAAUUCAAAGGAUCACAAAGGGUUAAAUAACAUUUCAAAGAUCUCAAACAAUGCUUGCCUCUUUGUAUUUAAGACUCUUGUUUCCUACAGGAUGCGAGUAGCUGGGUAAACGAAAGUUUAUUUAUUUCGAUCAUACAAGAAAUUCACACGACAUCGCAAUGUCACGAGUCAAAGAAACAGGAGUCUUAAAAAUUGUUCUUUCAUAUUUGUGAUAUAUUAUAGAGCGUAUAUCUAUUGCUAUAUAAUACGAUAAUAGAUUAAGAUCCUUGCUUAAAAAGGACCAAUAAUUAUAUUAUCACAAAACAUGUACGACAUGUAGAACCAAGUCUUUAUCAUACUGCCAUUAGCAUCAUUCAGAAUAAAUAUUAUUCAAAUCAUUCGUAAAGAGUAUUAUAAUGAAAUUAUAUAAAAACAUAUAUAUUAGCGAUUACUAUAUUGAUUGUAUGAGUUGCAUGAUACAAAAAAAUAAAUUUGAGGAAGUAUUAUAGA